UUUCGAUGCAGUAUACCAACUCCUACGGUUUAACAGGAGAAACACUUUAAUUCUAUAUGAAUUUCAUUUCAUUGCACGCGUUACAAUGGAUAUUUAAUUAAUGCCGCUGUGGUGUACGUGACAAGUGCCUUGUCAGUUAGGUUUUAGAUUUUAUUUUUGUUGGAAUAUAUUCAUCUAACUAACUGAGGACGUUUUCAUUUUAUUCAAGGAUUUAAUGAAAUAGAGUAUCCAGACGUUAAGAUUUAUUAAGAUCAUGAAUUCUAUCGUCCAAUCUUUACAAGAUUUUGCCGAUCAAGGAACAUGUGGCGAGAAUUCAUCCAAGGAACGUUGCAGGCAUAGAUGACCAACUGCGACAUACAUCAGCGUCAUAAUAGACGAUGGCGGGCAAACCGCUAAACGCGAACGAACGUGAACUGGUGCGCGCCGUCGGGAACGAAGACGUUGAUGCCGUUCGUCGGCUCAUCGAAGAAGAUGGCGUCAACGUCAACAUUCAGGAUUCUUUACAACGGACACCGAUCAUCCGAGCGUGUUUCGGUAGUGACAGGUCAAGCCGGGAGGAGAUAGGCAAGAUCCUCCUGGACAAUGGAGCCGAUGUUAACUUGGCGGACCGACACGGUAGAACAGCUUUGAUGACUGCUUGCAUGGAAGAUGAAAAAGAGGACAUGGUCGAUCUUAUCCUCUCAGCGAACAAAGUCGAUGCUAACCGUAUGGAUGAAAAUGGCAACACCGCCCUCAUGCAUGCCGUCAUGAUCGAAAAUGUCGAGGCUGUUCGGGUGUUUUUCACUCCAGAAAACAAGAAUAAGGUCAACACUGAUAUGAAAAACUUCGAGGAUAAGACCCCACUCCUCGUGGCCGCUAAGCAGCAGAAUACCGAAAUUUGUGAGAUUCUUGUACGUGAAGGCAAUGCCCGUCAUGAUUCUAUACCAAGCUUCUUCAAGCAACAUCUACCUGAGGAGUGCCAUGACGAAGACACAAAGAAACCACAAGAUAAAUGGGAAGAUUUAUUCAAGGGUUACCGCGACAAUUCAAUGGAGCCAAACAUCAUGCAGAGGUCUUCUGGUAAAUGGAAGGAAAAGUCGAAAAAGAAACCGAAGGGACCAAAAAAGAAAGUAGAAAAGCCACCUGAAGAAGAGGCCGAGGAGAAACCUGAUGAUGAAAAAGUCGAUGAGUCACCUGGAAAGAAUGUCAAUGAUGAAAUCAAAGAUUCAGUGGAGAAGAAGGAAGAAGCUCUGAAUCAUUCCGAUGCCUCGGAAUCCCAGCCUAAAAAAGAAACCUCUAUGGACAAUCAACUUUUCCUGAAGAUAGACCCUGAACGGAAAGAACGAAGUAACUCCCGCCGUGGGUCUGGCGGAGAGGAGAUUGCUCAAGAAGCAAAGAAAGAACAAAAAGCCAUCGCAUCAACAGUGGUAGCUAGAACUGCCACAUCGGCAAAGACAUCGCGUCGCGAAGCCACAGAUUCCCCUUCUCGAAAGAAGAAUGAGGUAGUCGACGUGAAAUCAUCGGAAAAGAUAGAAUCUUCGUCUAAAGUAGAAAAGAAAUCAAUCGAAAAGAAUGAAUCAGCCAAAAUAUCAAAUAAAGAACAUUCUCAAUCAAAGACAAAAGAAGAUAUAACAAAAAAUACAACAGCAAUAAAACAAGAGGAAGUACAAAAUAGGUCAGAGAUCAAAGAAAAUGAAGUUUACGAAGUAUCAACUACUGAAAAUGUAAACUCCCAAACAGAUGCAAAGGAGCAAGGUAAAAACAUUGCUACCGUAAUCAAAGCGGAGAAAAAAUUCAAAAAGAAGAAAGAGAAGAAAAGUGAUGUAGAAGACAUAUCGAAUAAGAAAACAGAAGAAAAGAAAGCCAAUGUAGAAGUCAUAUCAACAACCGAAAAUGUCGUUACUGAAAGUAGAAAUGAAGAACAAAAGAAAAAUAUAGCCACUGUUAUCAAAGCAGAUAAAAAGUUUAAGAAAGGGAAAAAGAUGAAAGAAGAGACAACCGAUUCCAAUACCACAACCUCGACUGUCAAAGGAGAAAGUCAGACAAAAACGUCUCCGAAGAAAGUUGUUGAGAAAACGGAGAAAUAUGAACAGCGAGAAGAGAUUGGGCCUGCAAUACUUACAUCUACCGUAACCCAGGUUCAUCAAGAACAAGCCAGUGUUACCAACCAGAGAGUCAUUCAUACAGAAGAACGCAAGCUUAUCACAGAACAGAGGAAAGAGCUUGUACCAGAACCCGAGGAAGCAUCUGCUGAAAGGAAAAGGUCAUCAAAGAAAGAAGAGCAUGAUACUAUGAAAGCAGUUGAAACUAUAAAACAACAGAAAACAGAGAAAGUCGUCAAAGAGGAAGUUCAUAAGGAGGUCAUUGAGAAAGAAUCCGUUCCUGCAAGGGUCCAAGAAACAAAAGUUCUUAAGGAUUCACCGAGGCACAAAGACUCGACGCAUACAAUAGCAUCAUCGGAAAGAGUACUCGAGUCUCGUCAGUCAAAGAAAGUACACGACACCACCAAAUCAACGGUUUCUCUACAGAGUAACUCGUCCUCGACGAAAAAGAAGACGAGUCCUACAUCAUCCAUAGUGGAUGUAUCACGACCACCAACGGUAAAAAGCACAAGGUCAACGCAGUCCUUCUCGAGCAGAGCAACAAGUGAAGGUGAUAACGUGUCAAUAGCAACCACGGAAUCAUCCGUCAGGAGGGGGGUGUGGAUCCGUCCUCCUCCAGACAUGAUCAAACUUCAAGAAGAGGCCGAUGAAGCCUCUUUAAAAUCUGGAAAGAAAAAGAAAAAGAAAGUGAAAAUCAAGAAGGAAGACCGGCCGGUCUACGAGACAAAGUCAGGUCGGAUUAUCCGUCCAAAUGUGUGUGGGGAUCCGCAAUACACGAAUAUCCAAGCGGCAAGGUUGAAAGUUGUAGCUGAAGAGGAGCCGAAGUAUCACAAAGAAGCAGAUGGCGGCAGGCUUGCUGGUCCAUCAUAUGAGGAUGUUCCUCGGAAAACAAAACGUAAGCCAAACUCCAAAUCUGGAACACCAAACAAGAGCUAAUUCAUCAGUAACCAUUUAUACCGGUAUUCUUAUCAUACACAUGAAAAAAAAUAUUCUACUCUAAGCGUCGUAAAAUAAGCCAUGACAUAGACAUGAGAGAGCUCUUUCCCAAAUGGUUUAUUAUUGUGUAAUAUAUUUUACCAGACAUUGAGGUCAGUGGUAAAGCGUUCGCCUAAUCAACAGAAGGUUGUGGGUUCGAUUCCCGGUCGAGUCUUACCGAACACUUAUUCAUAAUGUAGUGAAGGACUUUAUUACUUUAAUAUUGGAUAAUAGAAAUAAUAAACUAUUAUCUUAAUUAAACCCAUGUUUUCAUAACUAAAUUGGAUACCCCAAGAUAUAAUUGAACAAUAUUCUUACUUGUUAAAUUCUUUUUUGUUAUGCAUGAUUUUGCGAGAUUAUGAAAAAUUAGGUGACACUUUAUUUACAACACGGGUCCAUUUCUAGCAAUUAAAUGAAUAAAAUCUGUGAGCAUAAGUUGGCUUCAUUUUUAAAAAGGAGGUAAGGGUAGAUAUGAACUCCCCACCCAACACGUGCCCAUACACAUUUAGGCCUAUAUCUAUCUCUUUAUUUAUUGAUUGAUUAAUUAGUUAAAUGAGUAUUUGAUUAAUCAACCAAUCAAUCAAUGUCUUGCUUCCACGGGGCUUUUGUAGAUUUAUGUGAGUGAAACACUAAUCAAAAUCAAUUAAAACUCGAUUCAUGUGAGAGAUCACAGGAUCACAGAGAAGCAUACAAUACAAAUCCUUUGAAGAAGGUCUGGUGAAAGAACGUGUCAUGCAUAGCGUGAUAUAAUUAGUCAAAUAGCCAUUUUGCACUGUACAGCUUGCGCAUGGUCCAUGUUGAAUCAAAGGCGGUGCCACAGGGUGGGGGCAGGGAGUAGUUGCCCCAAUAUAUUUUUAGGUAACUAGUAAAACAAGGGGGAGAUGAGAAAGAAGGAAAAGGAUGGAAAAGGGGAAGAUCAUAAAACAGAGUAUUUUGGGUCGUUUAGACCCAUACUACUCCUUUUUUUAAAUGACGUCCAGUUCAAGUUAUGUCGCCCCCUUCCCGGUCCCAUAUGAAAAAUCCUUGCGCCGCCAAUGCGCCAGUCUGUUCGCCCUUACUGAUUCCAAUCACCUUCAGGCGAGUUUGAACCAAUGUAAGAACUAAGGCGCAUGGCGAAAGGUCCUUCACCUACAGUGCCAAGGCCCCCAACCAUUUGGAACCCCCUCCCCGGUACUCUCCGAUCACAAAAUAAUCCUGGAAUUUUCAAAUCACAACUUAAACAUUUCUCUUUAUUGGAGCAUUCAAAUAGGCCUCUCCCAAUACUUAUUCCUUACAUGUAUGUAACUGAUUAAUGUAGAUGUUGUAUAAGUGUUAUUCUAAGUAAUUCCUAAUUUUGUAUAAUUUUUAUUUCUGUAAAGCGCAUCGAGAGUCCUUUCAGGUCUGAAAUGCGCUAUGUACAGACUGCAUUAUUAUUAUUAUUAUUAUUAUAUGCCUAGAUAUCGUGUAUUGUGUAUCAUCAUUUUAAACAUAAAAUCAAUGAAACAAUAUCAGGUGUGAAAAGAUGAAAAAACA